AUGGCAACCACAUUUUCAGGAAAUGAGAAUGAAUCCAGUAGUAGUAGUAAUUGUUUAAACAGACAAAGUAUAGUCAAAAGAUUAUCUCUAAAAAGUAUAAUUCAAAAUUUCAUGAAAAGUGAAGAGACAAAGGCCAUUAAUCAAAUAGAAGAGGAGCUUAAACUUGCGAAGGAAAAGAUUUCUGAGGAUGGUUUAGAUUUAGAUAUUGUAGAAAUAGAUUUGCCACCCAUUAAAGCCAAAAGACGAGAGAAAGUUCUUGAAGCUAUUCACAACAUUUUCCAAGCUGAAAGGGUUGAUGAUAAACUGUUCAUCAAAGUGAGCAUUUUUGUCUUACAAUUAUAUAACUUUUAUUUUCUGAUAUUUGUGCUAUUCACUCAGUUUAAUGCUGGAAUAAAAGAAGAAAUACAUUUCGCAUUGAAUGUUUCGCUUCGUCAACAACUUCCAGGUUGGUGGGUGCAGAGUGAUGUGGUAUUAGUAGUUAAUCAUAAUGAAUUUAGAUCUGACAUAGGAGGAUGGAACACACGACCAACACAUCAUCAAAGGAUUACACCUAUUAUCAAUUCGUCUCCACCUCCUUUAUUAUGGAUUGAGAUAAUAAUUAUUCUAGAAAUGUGUGAUUAUUAA